CUUUAGUUUAGCUAGAGACAUCGUCGUGAAAUGAACAGAAGCUCUGCGAGCAACUGCAUUCCAGCGGCGAAUCGACGGCAGAUUUGAGUGCGCAAAAAGAUAAAAUAAUAAUAAUAAUAAGAAUUAAAACAAUGCAUAAGUAAAUAAGUAAAAACACACACACAUAUUAGCAAACACAUGUAAAGACUAUAAGAUUGUGUAUUUGUGUGAAUUUCCCAGUUUUGGUGGUACCAAAUUAUUGCCAAAAUAACAGUGUCACAGUAAAAGAAUUAUCAAAUUUUCGCAGCAAUAAAAACGCAUCAAAAUUAAAUCUUAAAAAAAAAUAAAGAAUUAAAAUAAAAACUUAAGCAGUGACAUGUAGAACGGCAGAGAGAGCGAGAAAGAAAACCUUCAGAUCUGAACGAACGAAAGCUCAAGUUCAAACAAUAGAGCCGCUGCCACGGGGAGGCGCCACAAAAGUGCAACAGCUGCACAAAAACUGGAAACGAAACGAACUGAAACAAAAGCCCAAAAGUCAAAGUAAACCCAGACAGACAGAGAGGUACAGCGGGCGAGCCAGUGCGAGAGAGAAAGGCAGAGAGUUGCAGAGAGAGAGAGAGAGAGAGAGAGAAACAGAAAGAGUGAACGUGAGAGAGACAGAGUGGGGCAGUGUUGGAAGAAUGUGUAGUGCAGAGUCCACACGGCAGCUUCAAGUGGCAACAACAACAACGGCAGCAACAACAAACACAACCGGAUAAUAAGCAUAAGGGGUAACAACAGCAGCAGCAACACCAACAAAAGCUGCAACGAGUGCGUCAAGUAUUUGCGAUAGGUUGCAGCGGGGCAAGCGCUGGCCUGUGCCAGCAAACAGCAACAUAAAAUCCAAAGCCCAAAACUUAAUCCUAAAACCUAAUCCAAAAACCAAACGGAAACAGCAGCAACAGCAACUGCAGCCAGACCGACGUCAAGCGGUGGCAAGUGGCAACAAGGUGACGUCACAGGCCGCUAACUAGGACACUAGCAAAUCUCGUUAGCAGCACUCGCAUCCUUUGCACCCUUCGCAUCCGCUUCCGCAUCGACAUCCGCGACAUGGUCUCUCGGCUGCGUCUCCAUUCGCUGGCCGCCGCGCUCUUCGUGCUGUCGCUGCAAUUGUCCAGCGUCUGCGGCAUCAUCGAUCGUUUGGUGGUGCAGACCAGUUCCGGGCCGGUGCGUGGCCGUUCGGUGACGGUGCAGGGACGUGAGGUGCAUGUCUAUACGGGCAUACCCUAUGCCAAGCCGCCAGUCGAUGAUUUGCGCUUUCGCAAACCGGUGCCGGCCGAGCCCUGGCACGGCGUUUUGGAUGCCACACGCCUCUCGGCCACCUGCGUGCAGGAGCGCUAUGAAUACUUUCCGGGCUUCUCCGGUGAGGAGAUCUGGAAUCCCAAUACCAAUGUUUCUGAGGACUGUCUGUAUAUAAAUGUGUGGGCGCCGGCAAAGGCGCGUUUGCGUCAUGGACGUGGUGCCAAUGGAGCCGAGCACUCUGGCAACAAGCAGGCCGACACGGAGCAUCUCAUACACAAUGGCAAUCCGCAGAACACGACUAACGGGCUGCCCAUCCUCAUAUGGAUCUAUGGUGGGGGCUUCAUGACGGGCUCGGCCACCCUGGAUAUUUACAAUGCCGACAUUAUGUCUGCCGUGGGCAAUGUGAUCGUUGCCUCGUUUCAGUAUCGCGUGGGCGCAUUUGGUUUUCUACAUUUGGCGCCAGAAAUGCCGGCAGAGUUUGCGGAGGAGGCGCCCGGCAAUGUGGGCCUGUGGGAUCAGGCCUUGGCCAUACGCUGGAUAAAGGAUAAUGCCCAUGCCUUUGGCGGGAAUCCCGAGUGGAUGACAUUGUUUGGCGAGUCCGCAGGCUCGAGUUCGGUGAAUGCACAGCUCAUGUCGCCGGUCACUAAAGGCGUGGUCAAGCGCGGCAUGAUGCAGUCGGGCACCAUGAAUGCGCCCUGGAGUCACAUGACAUCCGCCAAGGCGCUCGAGAUUGGCAAAUCUCUGAUCAAUGACUGCAACUGCAAUGCCUCCAUGCUCAAGACCAAUCCGGCUCAUGUGAUGAGCUGCAUGCGCGCUGUGGACGCCAAGACCAUAUCGGUGCAGCAGUGGAAUUCCUACUCGGGCAUACUCAGCUUCCCAUCGGCGCCAACCAUUGAUGGUGCCUUCUUGCCCGAAGAUCCUAUGACACUGAUGAAGACGGCUGAUCUAAAGGAUUAUGAUAUUCUCAUGGGCAAUGUCAGAGAUGAGGGCACCUAUUUCUUGCUGUACGAUUUCAUCGAUUACUUUGAUAAGGAUGAUGCCACCGCGCUGCCACGUGACAAGUAUCUGGAGAUUAUGAAUAACAUAUUUGGCAAGGCAACGCAGGCGGAACGCGAGGCCAUCAUAUUUCAGUACACCAGCUGGGAGGGCAAUCCAGGCUAUCAAAAUCAGCAGCAAAUUGGUAGAGCUGUGGGGGAUCACUACUUCACCUGCCCCACCAAUGAGUAUGCACAGGCGCUGGCCGAGCGAGGCGCCUCCGUGCAUUACUAUUACUUUACACACCGCACCAGCACAUCGCUGUGGGGCGAGUGGAUGGGCGUGCUGCACGGCGAUGAAAUUGAGUAUUUCUUUGGGCAGCCGCUAAACACAUCUCUGCAAUAUCGACCUGUGGAGCGGGAGCUGGGCAAGCGUAUGCUCAAUUCGGUUAUUGAGUUUGCCAAGACGGGCAAUCCGGCACAAGAUGGCGAGGAAUGGCCCAACUUUUCAAAGGAGGAUCCUGUGUAUUAUAUAUUCAGCACAGACGAUAAAAUUGAGAAACUGGCACGUGGCCCACUCGCCGCGCGCUGCUCUUUCUGGAACGAUUAUUUGCCUAAAGUCAGGAGUUGGGCAGGCUCGGACUGUGAUUCGGGUAGUGCUUCCACGUCGCCCCAAAUGCAGCUGCUGGGACUUGGACUGGUGCUCUACAUUUGUGCCGUUUUGCGAAUUAAGGGAGUUUUCUAAAAGAAAAUUUUUGACAGUGCACAUCUAUAAGUCCACAAGACCCACACACACAGACACACCCACACACCCAAACACCCUUUAAGCAAAGCAAACACAAAACAUAUUUAAUAUGAAAAUGAAAUUGUCAUAAAAGUAUGUAAAGAGCUAAGAAAGUAAAAAGGAAAUAGAAAGAGGGAGAGAGAGAUGGAGUUUUCGAAUUUGAGCCAUGCUUUUGUAUACUUGGCCAAACACAACUGAACAUUUGUAAAUGAAUUUAGUGUUGCAUGCAACUGCAACGUGUGGCAGUAAGUGACAUUUGUUGUAGUUGUUAGUUUGAAUCACUUGCCAGGAGCAAGCUGGAUGAAACUUUUGCACGCGGCUUGCCCCACACAUAUCAAAACCAAAAGAGAGAGAACGGGUGGGAACAAGCGAUUGGCAGAAGCUUUUGCCGAUCUCUCUCGCAUCCAACCCGACUCUCCAGUUGAUAUCCAGAGAGUACCACAUAGCUACACACACGCAAAUACACACACCCGAACACACUUUUGUAGCACGCCGCAAAUUGCUUUGUAAGAAAAUGAAAUUUGGCAAAAACCCAGGCCCAAUAAAAUAACUGAUUCUAACGAGAAUUCAAUCAAGCGAAAACAAAGAUUUUGAUAAAUUGAAUGUUUGUCAUAUGCCAGCCAGCAGGGCAUAAAACAAUACAAAUUGAAAAUUAUAAACAAACAAACAAACAAAUUAACACAUUCGCUUAGAGAACGCGUAUUUUGCCAGCUGGCAUGGGUCCAAGUCUGUGCCCAAGCCGUAAUCCCAAACAUUUUUGGAAUGUCGAGUAUGCUAUAGAGUUUUUUCGAUUUUUUGAUAGCCCCCGACCCCUCACAAUGAAACUGGUUUCAGAUUUGUGUUGGGAAUGGUUCAAUCCUUGGCAUAUACAGUAUUUUUUCUCUCUCGGUAUUUUAUUGAUUUUCACUUUGGGCACACCAAAAAUGUUCUUAUGACAACAAAAUUUGGAAAAAACCACAACAAAAUUGAAAAAUUUAGUAAAUUUGUAUUAUUCAAACGAUGUGGGAGUUUUAACGAGAAAUUGCAAUUUUUUUGUAAUAAGCAGCCCAAGAAAAAACGUUGUAAAAUCGGUAAAAAAAAAAAUGAAUAUAAAUUGAAAUAAAGUUUGUAGGAAACCUAUUGAAACAUUUAAA